CAUAGCUUACUGGGACGAUACUCAUCAUCCACAGUGUUCUCAUUGGUCAAAAGCUCUUCUUCUUCAUCCAUGGCGAAAGCUUCCAUGGCGGUGUGGACUCUGUUCCUCUUCUCCAUCAUCUUCUCACUUCAAUCAAACAGCCAAGAACAAGAAGAUACACCAAUCACUCGAUUCCAACAAUACUUAAGAAUCAACACAGCUCACCCAAACCCUAACUACACCGCACCAGUCUCCUUCCUUAUUAACCAAGCUAAAUCGAUUGGUCUCACUGCUAAAACCUUCGAAUUCGUCUCUGGUAAACCAGUUCUUCUCCUCACAUGGCUAGGCUCUAACCCUAACCUUCCUUCGAUUCUCUUCAACUCUCAUCUCGAUUCAGUCCCCGCCGAAUCCGAUAAAUGGAUCCAUCCGCCGUUCUCAGCUCACCGUACAAUCGACGGCCGUAUCUACGCUCGCGGCGCACAAGACGACAAAUGUAUCGGAGUUCAGUAUCUAGAAGCGAUUAGGAAUUUGAAAUCGAGUGGCUUCGUUCCUCUCCGUACGGUUCAUAUCUCGUAUGUUCCUGAAGAAGAGAUCGGUGGAGUCGAUGGGAUGAUGAAGUUCGCGGCGAGUUCGGAGUUUAGGGAUUUGAAUUUGGGGUUUGCUAUGGAUGAAGGACAAGCGAACCCUGGUGAUGAGUUUAGGGUUUUUUACGCUGAUAGGACUCCAUGGCAUCUUGUAAUUAGAGCUGUAGGGAUCCCAGGUCAUGGUGCUAAGCUUUAUGAUAAUUCAGCUAUGGAGAAUUUGAUGAAGAGUGUUGAGUUGAUUGGUAAGUUUAGAGAGACGCAGUUCGAUUUCGUUAAAGCCGGGAAAAGUGCGAAUUCGGAAGUUAUCUCUGUGAAUCCAGUUUAUCUUAAAGCUGGAACUCCUUCUACUACUGGUUUUGUGAUGAAUAUGCAGCCAUCAGAGGCAGAAGCUGGGUAUGAUAUAAGGUUGCCUCCAAUGUCAGAUCCUGAUGUUAUGAAGAAAAGGAUUGCUGAAGAAUGGGCUCCUUCUAUAAGGAACAUGACUUACACGAUAAACGAGAAAGGAAAGUUAAGAGAUCAUUUAGGGCGACCUAUGAUGACUCCAACAAAUGAAUCAAAUCCAUGGUGGUCUAUCUUCAAGCAUGCUGUUGAAGCAACUGGAGGAAAACUCGCAAAGCCCGAGAUUUUGCCUUCAACUACAGAUUCACGCUUUUUUCGCUUUUUCGGAAUCCCAGUUCUGGGCUUCUCUCCGAUGACCAAUACUCCUAUUUUAUUGCACGAGCAUAACGAGUUCCUAAAGGAUACUGUAUUCAUGAAAGGAAUUGAAGUAUAUGAAUCGGUAAUCGCGGCUCUAAGUUCCUUUGAGGGAGUAUCAGAUCAAGUGAUAUGAAGUAUCAGUGCACGCAAUUGUGAUACGCUUCUUGAAGAUGGUCAAGGCUUACAUGGCUAUGACUAUAGAAGUGUAGUGAAUAGUCAAUGUUUCAUCUGUAAAGUUAUUUUUAUUGACAUUUUACUCUGACCUUGUGACUCCAGUUUGAACUGAGUGCGUUUGUGAAAUAAGAAAUAAGAUUAAUGAAAUAUGUUGAAAAUUACCA